UAUUGCGAGAGCCCAGUGCCAAUCUUGUGGACAGAGGAACCCACAAGCGAGGACUUCUACAGUAGACAAUAUCAGUCAAAAUGGUUAAGAUUGGAAUCAAUGGAUUUGGCCGAAUCGGGCGUCUGGUGACCCGUGCCGCUGCCAAGAGUGGAGAGGUCAAUGUCGUGGCGAUCAAUGACCCCUUUAUUGACCUGGACUACAUGGUCUACAUGUUCAAGUAUGACUCCACCCACGGUGUGUGGAAGCACAGUGAAGUGAGACAAGAGAAUGGCAAGCUGGUCAUUGGCAACCUACACAUAACAGUCUUCCAUGAGAGAGACCCAUCCCAGAUCAGGUGGGGUGACGCUGGAGCUGACUAUGUAGUGGAGUCUACUGGUGUGUUCACCACCACUGACAAGGCCUCCGCUCACCUGAAGGGAGGUGCCAAGAGGAUUAUCAUCUCCGCCCCCAGCGCUGAUGCACCAAUGUUUGUGAUGGGUGUCAACCACCACCUUUAUGAUAACUCCCUGAAGGUUGUUAGCAACGCCUCCUGCACCACAAACUGCCUGGCUCCCAUCGCCAAGGUUAUCAACGACAACUUCGGCAUCGUCGAGGGUCUCAUGAGCACUGUUCACGCCAUCACAGCCACACAGAAGACCGUUGACGGGCCCUCCGGUAAGCUGUGGCGAGAUGGACGUGGUGCCGGCCAGAACAUCAUCCCCGCCUCCACCGGCGCAGCCAAAGCGGUCGGCAAGGUUAUCCCUGAGCUGAACGGCAAGCUGACCGGCAUGGCUUUCCGUGUCCCCACCCCCAACGUGUCUGUCGUUGACCUGACGGUCCGUCUUCAGAAGGCCGCCCCUUAUGACCAGAUUAAGAAGGUCAUCAAGGCUGCUGCUGAAGGACCCAUGAAGGGCAUUCUGGGAUACACAGAGGAUCAGGUGGUGUCCACUGACUUCAAUGGCGACUGCCGCUCUUCAAUCUUCGAUGCCGGUGCAGGCAUUGCUCUUAACGACCAUUUUGUCAAGUUGGUCUCGUGGUAUGACAAUGAGUACGGCUACAGCAACCGUAUUAUUGACCUGUGUAUGCACAUGUCACUCAAGGAGUAAAAUCUCCACCACACUUCCAAUG